CAAUGAAGAGCUAAGGACCCUGGUGACUUUCCAAUGCAGCUCACCAGCAGACUGUCUGCCACACAUUAAUGCUAUCCCUGUGCAGGGAGACAUAUACUAGUGGGAUAUUGGGGAGGACAGAGGUAAGGAGGAUUAUCAUUCAGUAUACACACCAGCAAGACAAGGUGACAAUUACGGGAAUUGGCUGGAUACUUCUAUACAUGGAUUUGUCAUUCUGGUCAUCUGAAAGGAAGACUGGACUGAUCUAGCAUCUCCUCAGAGAGUUCCAGGAGGUGGCAUGUAAUUACGUCAUCAAUUACACCAUCAUUUCUUCCCGGAGCCUGCAGUGAAAUUGUUACGGUGAUCUCAUUGAUACUAUCCAACCACAGAAGCUGCGGUACAACGGACAUUGUUAUAAUCCUGCGGAUAUAUAAGGGGGAGUCCAAUUACCUGCAAUGUAUUCGUGGGUGCAGCAUUCUAAAAAUGCGUUCUCAAAAUAACAACACUGAGUGCCCAGCCGACGCCAUGGCCUGCCAAGAAACAAACAUCUUCCAGAGCAUUUGUCCUGAAAAGCACCAGGAAUCGGAUACCAUUAAACGGAACAAGGGGAAGAAGCAGAGAGACUACGUUGCUGAAACGGGUACUAUCUUAAGAAGCCACAAAUCGGAUCAGAAACAAAAGGCCUCUAACAGAAAGGCAGAUGACCUCUCUCGAGAUGACCUGCUGUUCCUUCUUAGCGUGCUGGAGGGAGAGCUGCAAGCACGGGAUGAAGUGAUAUCUGUGCUAAAGGCAGAGAAAAUUGACCUGGCUUUACUUGAAGCACAAUAUGGGUUUGUGACCCCAAAGCGAGUGUUGGAGGCUCUUCAGAGAGAUGCGAUCCAAUCAAAUGCUACACAAUGGCAAGAGGAUAUCUAUGAAAAGCCAAUGUGUGAGCUAGAUAAAGUUGUGGAGAAACACAAAGAAACACACAAGCGGAUGCUGGAGCAGCUUCUACUGGUGGAAAAAUCCCAAAGACAAACGCUGUAUGACUUGGAGGAUGAGAAGAGGAAACACACGGAAUACAUGGAAAAGAGUGACGAAUUUACCAACUUACUGGAGACAGAGCGAGAAAGGUUAAAAAUACUGAUUGAACAAGAAACAACUUACCAAGCUAUAAAGGAGAAAGAGAACCACAAGAAAAUAACCAAACUCCGGGAUGAGCUCACAAAGUUGAAAUCGUUUGCGUUAAUUGUGGUCGAUGAGCAACAGAGGCUAACAGAACAGUUACAAGUGCAGAGUGCCAAGAUCCAAGAGCUAACAUUAACUUCCCAAAAAGCACAGGAUAAGCUUGUCAUUGUAGAAAUAAAAGCGGAAGAAGAGGAGCAAAAAGCAAACAGACUUGAAACAGAACUACAAAGUCAGGAAAGUAAGUUCUUCCAAGAGCACGAAUCCAUGAUGGCCAAACUAACCAGUGAAGAAACUCAGAACCGCCAACUCAGAUUAAAGCUGGCAGCUCUCAGCAGACAAAUUGAUGAGCUUGAGGAAACCAACAAGACACUGCGUAAAGCAGAGGAUGAACUCCAUGACCUAAGAGAGAAGAUGAAUAAAGGAGAAUGUGGAAACUCCAGCCUGAUGGCAGAGGUGGAGGAGCUACGAAAACGUUUGCUGGAAAUGGAAGGCAAGGACGAAGAGCUCAUCAAAAUGGAAGAACAGUGCAAAGACCUCAAUAAAAAACUAGAAAAAGAGGCAUCUCAAAGUAAGAACCUUAAAGUUGAAGUAGAUAAAUUAAGCAAAAGAAUCAACGAGCUGGAGAAAUUAGAAGAUGCAUUUAAUAAAAGCAAGCAAGAAUGCCUGUCUAUUAAAUGCACCAUGGAAAAAGAACGAAUGAGUACCAAGCAACUGUGUAACGAGCUAGAGAGUCUAAAAGUUCGAAUACGAGAACUGGAAACAAUUGAGGUAAAGGUUGAAAAGACUGAAAGCAUACUAAAAGAAGAUCUAACCAAGCUUAAAACCUUAACGGUGAUGCUUGUGGAGGAAAGGAAGACUCUAACCGAAAAAAUCCGGCAAACAGAGGAGAAACUGAAGUCCGCCAAUGCGCAGCUACAGCAAGAACAAAACAAGGUGACGUCCAUUACAGAAAAACUAAUAGAAGAAAGCAAGAAGUCUCUAAAAUCCAAGACAGAACUGCAAGAGAAGAUGCACACCAUUACAAAAGAAAAUGAGGAACUCAAAAGCAAAUUGAGGGCGGAGGAGGAGAAGGGAAAUGAUCUCAUGUCAAAGGUUACCAUCCUCAAGAAAAAACUGCAGUCACUAGAAUUAAUCGAAAAGGAAUUCCUAAAGAAUAAAAGUAAGCAAUCUGAAGUAUUCUAUCAAGAAAACAAUAAAAUCAGAGAGCUUACUCAAGAAGUUGAAAGGUUAAAACACACCCUAAAACAAAUGAAAUCAAUGGAGGAUGACCUCAUGAAAACGGAGGAUGAGUUUGAAUCCUUGGAGAAAAGGUAUUACAACGAGCAGCAGAAAGCCAAAAUGUUUUCGGAAGAACUUGAAGUUGUAAAAAUGGAAUUGGCAAACUAUAAACUGGCCGAGAAAUCUGGAACUUUCCAAGAAAAAACAUUGCUUACGAAGCUUAAGGAAGAGGAGGCAAAGUCAGGUCACCUUUCCAGAGAGGUGACCGCUUUGAAAGAGAAGAUUCACGACUACAUGAAAACAGAAGAUACUAUUUGUCGUUUGAAGGGAGAUCAUUCUGUUCUUCAGCGGAAGCUCAAUCAGCAAGAAAACAGGAACAAAGAACUGUCAAAAGAAAUGGAGAAUCUCUCCAAGGAGCUUGAAAGGUAUCGUCGCUUUAGUAAGAGCCUAAGGCCCAGCCUCAAUGGAAGGAGGAUUUCAGACUUUCAAGUGUUUUCAAAAGAGGUGCAGACAGAUCCUGUAUAUAAUGAACCACCAGAUUACAAAAGUCUUGUUCCUUUGGAAAGAGCGGUUAUAAAUGGACAACUAUAUCAAGAAAGUGAUAAUGAGGAUGAUGACACAAACGAUGAAGAUUCAACUGUGGCUUUUAAAUGUAAUUCAUCCAAUGGCAAUUCUUUAAACAACAGAAGAUUAAGAUCCCCGUGGACAAAAUCUAAUCAGCAACAGGGACAUAAUGGAAAAGUACAAUUAAAACAGAAUGGAAAUUACAUCCAUCCAGGAGACAUGGUCCUUACGCAUACCCCAGGGCAGCCUUUACAUAUUAAAGUCACGCCAGAUCAUGGACAAAAUACUGCCACACUUGAAAUAACUAGCCCUACUACAGAAAAUCCGCACUCCUUUACAAGUACAGCAGUAAUACCAAACUGCGGAACUCCAAAACAAAGAAUAACAAUUAUUCAAAAUGGUUCCAUGACACCUGUGAAGUCCAGAGUAAUAGAUGGAUAUGUGACACAAGACCAAGCAGUACCACCUCUUACAAUGACUCCUUUUGUAAGGCCCAGGAGCCCUGAUUCAUGUGGAUCUAUCACUCCAGACAGAACAAUGUCUCCUCUCCAGGUUCUGGCAUUAACAAGUUCAUCAAGUUCUCCAGACCGUGUUCUUUCACCAGAGCCAAUGGAAAUUGGCGGGACUCAUGCAGUUUUCAGGGUAUCACCAGACAAACAAGCUGGUUGGCAAUUCCAAAGGUCAAACAGUUCUAGCUCAACUUCAAGUGUAAUAACUACUGAGGACAAUAAAAUACAUAUCCACUUAGGAACACCUACAAGUCCUUUUACCCCAGUGCCUGAGAAAAGACAUUCACUUACAAAUGGAAUUCAGAGUAAACCCGCAAAUAAAAUCACCAGCAGUAUUACUAUAACACCAACAGCUACUCCACUAUCACGGCAAUCACAAAUUACAGUUUCAGAAGAAACAUUUUGUGGCAGUGUUCCAACACGAAUUCCCAAACCAAAAGCCGGGAUCGCAUCCAAAUUACCCAUUAAAAAGCCUAAAGGAAAUGCCAUGAAUGGAGAACAGAUUAAUAGAGACAAACUACAUUCAUUCAGACCCAUUUCUAAUCUCCAGGGUGCAGCCAAGCGGUGAUCCUCAGAAAUGAGAGCACAACGACGAAAGACGAAGUACACUGCGGUUAUCGGCCCGUGGACAUUGCAAUUCACUAUUAGCACAUGUGACACCACUGUCCUGGAAGCAGAGCUCAAUGAUAUUUCCUAACCUAUGUACCGUAGGAUUUUCCAUUAGUAUGUUGCAAUUCAUAUGUAUGUGCGUAGACUUUCUAUAGAUUUAUUUUUUACAAAUAAACAGUUGUCAUCGA